AUGAACGACUUGCCACUGUUUCCAACUCCUCAGCAAGCAACAAGCUAUGCUCUGAGUCUGUCAUCAACACCACGAAAACAACCUCAGCCACAGGCUAGACCACCACCAGGUCCUAGACAUGGAAGUAAUCAGUCGUCUCAAUCACAUCAACAAUAUCAACAAGCACGUCCACCUCAAGCUUAUGCACAACCAACCCCAGCAGAAUACUACAACUCUCAAACAGCCCACGCUGGUCGCUCCCCACCCCCACAUGCGCCAUAUCAACAACCAAUUCACCAUCAGCAUUCUUCACCUAAACCUUCAUAUCAACAACCAGUUUAUCAGAAUCCACCCCAAGGUUAUAAUCAGCCACCACCUCCGGUAACACCCAUGCAUACUAGUUAUCAAUCACAAGUCCCACCACCUCAGAAACAACCAGCAUAUCAAGUCGCAGUCGCACCACAACAAAUACCACAACAAGUUUAUCAAAAUGACGGUCACAUUCCUCCAAAGGCAAGGAAACAGAGCUAUGGAAGUUCACCUCCACGAUCUGUAAAUAGAUCUAGAGAAUCUUUACCAGAGAAAACAGUUUCAUCAAAACAGAAACUAGAAAUGGAAUUAAGAAGUGUAUUUGAAAAAGUGGAUGUUGAUCAUUCAGGAAGAAUCUCAGCCAAAGAAUUAUCUUAUGCAUUAUUAAAUUUUGAUCGUACUAGAUUUCAAGAUUCUACUGUUAAAUUAAUGAUUAAUUUAUUUAGUUCGGAAUCUAGUAGUAAAAGUUUGAAUUUUGAACAAUUUGUAUCAUUAUGGAAAUAUUUAUCAGCAUAUAAAAAGUUAUUUGUACAAGCAGAUACUGAUAAAUCCGGUGAUAUAUCCUUUGGUGAAUUCCAAAAGGUGUUGGAACAAAUAGGUUAUAAAUUAGAUACAGAUCUAGUAUUACAUUUAUUCCUGAAAUAUAGUGAAAGAGAUGAAGGUAGAGUAGGGAGAUUAAAGUUUGACUCAUUUAUUGAGUUGUUGGUAUAUUUAAGAAAGUUGACAGAUGUGUUUAAGAAAUAUGAUAAAGAUUUAUCAGGAACAGCAGUUAUAAGUUUUUCCAAUUUUUUGUUUGAAGUUAGCAGUUUGACAUAA